AUGAUCGCAGCGCCCUGGAACCAGGCGCCUCCCCACGAGCAGCUGUUCGUGCUGGUCACCGGCGCAAACAGCGGCGUCGGCCUCGGUAUCUGCGAACGCCUGAUCGACGACUUCCUCGUGACCCGCUCCCUAACCUCCCACCUCGUCCUCAUCCCGACGACACGAUCCGUCCGCAAGUCCCGCGAAACAAUCUCCUCCUUGCGCCUUCACCUCGAGCGCACAGCAUCCUCGUCGUCCUCCCUUCGAUCCCGCACGGGGCCGACCUACGACCCCGAAGACACAAUCUCGCGAGUUCACCUCCUCAGCACCCAAGUCGACCUCUGCGACCUGCCGUCCGUGUACAAUUGCGCAGCGACGCUGGUAGCAGGACACAUCAGCGACCCGACAGACCCGAAGGCAUACAUGUACAAAAUCCCCCGUCUCGACUCGGUAAUCUUCAACGCGGGCUUCGGCGGCUGGACAGGCCUAGACUGGCCCGGCCUUUUCAAGUCGUUGUUCACAAAGGGCCUCCUGCCGACCCUGACCUGGCCAGACUUCAAAAUCGCCCGCCCCGGCGCCGUCCUGAACCAGCGACCCGUCCGCUCCGAUCUGGUACCUACCGAUUCCCCCUUUAACCCCCUCGCCGUCGCGUCCGCUUACGAUACCAAGCCCUCAACCCCCGUUCUAGGAGAAGUGUUCUGCGCGAAUGUCUUUGGGCACUACGUCCUGGCGCACGAGUUGCUACCGCUGCUAAGCAGGGCCAAACAGGAAGAGACACCGGGUAGGAUAAUCUGGACCAGCAGCGUCGAGCCGCAGGCGCACCAUUUCCGGCUGGAAGAUUUCCAGGGCGUGGAGACGAGUGCGCCGUACGAGAGCUCCAAGAGGCUGACGGACGUGCUGGCGCUGACGUCGCACCUGCCCGGUCCCCAGCGGUACACCAAGACGUACUUCACGCCCGAGGACCCCGAGACGGCGCGGAAACUGCCCGUCCGCCCGUCCUUCUACCUCACGCACCCGGGCGUCGUCGCGUCCAGCCUGUUCCCCGUGCCGUUCCCCUUCAUCCUGUUUUACGCCUACAAGUUCGCGCUGUUCCUCGCGCGGUGGAUGGGGUCGCCGUGGCACCCCGUGACGUGGUACGGCGGCGCCGUGGCGACGGUGUGGCUGGCGCUGCAGGACGACGAGACGCUGAAGGAGCUGGACGCCAAGAGGAUCAAGUGGGGGUCCGCGGCGAGCAUCACGGGACGGAUGGAGGUGAAGAAGACGGAGGUGGAGUGGUGGGGGUGGGAGGGCGCUGUCGAGGACCGCGAGAGCCUCGCGAGGGACCCCGCUACCGGCGUGCUGCGGAAGGCUGUCGGACGACACCCCGGGGCCAUGGACUUGAACAGGGACCAGCUUGUCGAGUUUGAGGAGUUGGGAGUGCAGGCGUGGGGCGAGAUGGAGAGGUUGAGGAAGCAGUGGGAGCAGUUACUCGAUAUCCGGUCAGGGGAGCAGCAGCAACAGCAGCAGUAG